GCGCAUUCACAAGUCACAAUGGCGGAUAUGGACGUUUUCGCCGCUAUGGGUAUUUCAGGUUUCGGAAAGACACAAAAGAAGAAACCAACAGUGGACCCAUCUUCGUUCUCAAGAAACAAAAGGGCCCCCUCUCCCAAGGCCGAAUCCAUGGAGAAGAAUGGCAGCGCUGAAUCCAAUGAAGUGUCUGUUCAACCGACUAGCUCAGAGGUGCUAGCCGACGCGGGCAGGAGUACGACUUCAUCUGAAUCGCCGGAACCAGGUCCAUUACCAGCACCAGCGUCAGUGAAUGAUGACAUUGACGAUGCUGAGCCUGAAUAUGACCCAGACGAACUCGAUGCCGAGGCCGACUUUCCUAUAUCGCACGAACUGCCAAUGAAAGAUCAUACAAAGGUCAUUUCUGCUCUUGCCAUUGACCCGUCAGGCGCACGGUUCGUUUCGGGUUCUCAUGACUACGACUGUAAGUUAUGGGAUUUUGGUGGGAUGGGAGCGACACCCAAGCCAUUUAAGACAUGGGAACCGGCAGGCACGUACUAUGUCCACGAUUUGAAGUUUUCACCUGAUGGCACCAAGUUUCUUGUCAUUUCGGGUACCAUCCAGCCCAAAUUAUUCAGCCGAGACGGCGAAGAAUUAGCGACGUAUGUUAAGGGUGAUGUGUACAUUCGGGACAUGAAGCAUACUGCAGGACAUGUUGGAGAAGUCCUCUGUUCAUCUUGGCACCCGAAAGACUCGAGUACUUUCAUAACUUGCUCAGCUGACUCAACAAUUCGAAUAUGGGAUGCUGACGACAAGCGCAGGCAGAAGACUGUGAUUGUUGUCAAGUCGAAGGAGCGAGGCGCACGGACGAAGGUCACUGCAUGCGCGUAUUCACAUGAUGCCAAGUACAUUGGUGGCGCCUGCGUUGAUGGUGCACUUCAUAUGUGGAAGACGAACUCGAAUUUCGUGCGUCCAGACAUGAGUAUUGAGGGAGCACAUACGAAAGGCACAGAAACCGGUUCCUUUGUCUUUUCGGUGGAUGGCAGAACAGUAAUGACCAGAGGUGGGGAUGAUACGGUGAAGCUGUGGGACCUCCGCUCCUUCCGCAAACCGUUGGCGACGAAGACCAACAUCACCACUCUUUAUCCCACUACAAAUGCUGUCUUCAGUCCGGACGAGAAAUAUAUCAUCACUGGGUCGGGCGCUACAAGCAAGGGAGGGAAAGGCAAAUUAUUAUUUUUACGGAAGGAAUCUUUGGAGCCUGUCAGAGAACUGGAGAUGGAUAGCACGCCAGUCAAAGUCCUUUGGCAUCCCAAAAUCAACCAGAUUUUGGUGGGGCAGGCAAACGGCCAAGUGUCUUGCCUUUAUUCGCCAGAACAUUCGCUGAACGGUGCAAAACUACUGGCCAACAAAUCAGCUGUCAGAAGGCCGACAGUGGAGUCCAUGGCGUCUGCAGAGCUGCAACCACAGAUUAUCACUCCACACGCACUGCCGAUGUUUCGCGAUGGCGAGGAGGGGAGGAGUGUCAAGAGGAAGAGAGAAAAAGAGCGAUUGGAUCCUCGGAAGAGCAAGCGACCAGAGUUGCCCGUCACAGGACCUGGGAAGGGUGGACGCGUCGGCGCAAGUGCGACUCAACAUGUCGUCCAGAACCUAUUCAGGGACACUACUCGCGAUCAAGAUCCCCGGGAGGCAUUGCUGAAGUACGCAGACGUCGCGGAGAAGGAUCCUCAAUGGACAUCAGCCUGGAGACAAAACCAGCCCAAGCCGGUGUUUGCAGAGGCCGAGGAAGAGGAGGAGGGAGAAAAGGAACAAUAGGGCACUGUGCUGCUGUUUGUCUGUAGCUAAUAGGUAGGGAUAUACUGUGGAAUAGCGGG